CACGGUCCAUCUCUCAGUCUCUCACUUCAUCCUUCUCACUUCUCAGUCUCUUCCGUCAAAUCCCAACCUCUCCGGUUCAAUCUCAUGCUAAAGACUAUGAUUGUCUCUCGUUGCUUGACGACACUCAAGCUCACUGGCACAUCGUAAGUCCGUAACACAGUCACUAGACUCGCAACUCCUUAAACACAUACCACCGGCGUCGAUUGGAGCUAGCAGCGGCAAGCGGCAUCCGGCUGUUGGGUGUUGCAGCAGCAUCAUGUACGCCGUAAACUGGAUGACACCACCGCAAGCAAUGGUUUUUUCCCAGAGAGCUUGCUUCUCUAGAAGCAGAAGUACUGCUCUUAGUAUUUUUUGUUUUAGGAGCUCAUUGGAUAAAGUCUCCCAGCUAAAUGUCAAAUGCUAUUCUACUUCUUCUUAUGGAGAAUUUGAUUCUGUUUCAAGGAGAAGAUCUCGUGGACCUGUUAUGGCUGCCAAAAAAGCAUCAGAAGGCACAAAACAAGAAGAUGGAAGGUAUAAGCACACGAUUGAUCUACCCAAGACAAAUUUCAGCAUGAGAGCAAAUGCUAGAGUAAGAGAGCCAGAAAUUCAGAAAUUAUGGGAUGACAGUCAGGUUUUCAAGAGAAUUGUUGACAGGAAUAAUGGGGAGAGCUUCAUUCUUCAUGAUGGUCCACCCUAUGCCAAUGGGGAUCUCCAUAUAGGCCAUGCUUUAAAUAAGAUUCUGAAGGAUAUUAUUAACCGUUACAAGCUUCUUCAAAAUUAUAAAGUCCAUUAUGUGCCUGGAUGGGAUUGUCAUGGUUUACCAAUUGAGUUAAAAGUUCUGCAGUCAAUGGAUCAAGAUACCAGGAAGGAGCUCACACCAUUAAAAUUGAGAACAAAAGCAGCUAAAUUUGCCAAAGACACUGUUAAGUCUCAGAUGAAAUCAUUUAAGCGCUAUGGUGUGUGGGGAGAAUGGAAUAAUCCUUAUUUAACUCUCAAUCCAGAAUAUGAAGCUGCUCAGAUUGAAGUGUUUGGUCAAAUGGCCAUUCAAGGGUAUAUAUAUAGAGGCCGAAAGCCUGUCCACUGGAGUCCAUCUUCACGUACUGCUCUUGCAGAGGCUGAGUUGGAGUAUCCGGAAGGUCACGUUUCAAAGAGCAUAUAUGCCAUCUUCAAAUUAGUUAGUGCUCCUCCAAGUGCAUAUGGCUUGUUAGAGGAGUUUUUUCCACAUUUAUGCUUGGCUGUAUGGACUACUACUCCUUGGACUAUCCCAGCAAAUGCUGCUGUUGCAGUAAAUUCUAAACUUCAAUAUGCUGUGGUUGAAAUGUGCUCAUCCAACAAAGAUCCUUCAACUUCAGAGGGGAGUGGAAGACAAAAGCUUGGUAACGUUCUGAAUGGGCAAGAUAAGCCUUUCCUUAUCGUGGCAGCAGAUUUAGUGCCAACACUGGAAUCAAAAUGGGGAAUGAAGCUUGCAGUCAAGACAACAUUACUGGGUUCAGAUCUUGAAAAUUGCAGGUAUGUUCAUCCAAUAGAUAACAGGGAAUGCCCAGUUGUUAUUGGAGGAGACUACAUUACGACUGAGUCAGGAACUGGACUAGUCCACACAGCCCCUGGUCAUGGUCAGGAGGACUAUGCAACUGGCCUAAAAUAUGGAUUGCCCAUAUUUUCUCCUGUAGAUGAUGAUGGAAGGUUUACUGAAGAAGCUGGGCAAUUUUGUGGGUUAGAUGUCCUAGGUGAUGGUAAUGAUGCUAUUGUGAAGUACUUGGAUGAACAUAUGUCGAUUAUUAUGGAAGAACCAUACAAACACAAGUAUCCAUAUGAUUGGAGGUCAAAAAAGCCUACAAUAUUUAGAGCAACCGAGCAAUGGUUUGCUUCAGUUGAGGGGUUUCGGCAGGCUGCUUUUGAUGCAAUUGAUCAAGUGGCAUGGAUUCCCGAGCAGGCUGAGAACAGAAUUUCUGCAAUGAUUUCUACGCGCUCUGAUUGGUGUAUUUCACGGCAAAGGAUUUGGGGAGUCCCAAUUCCUGUUUUUUAUAAUGUGCACUCAAAGGAACCUCUAAUGGAUGAAGAAACUAUUGAUCAUAUCAAGAAUUUAAUAGCCAAAAAGGGGAGUGAUGUGUGGUGGUACAUGACAGUGGAAGAGCUACUUCCAGAUAAAUAUCGCAGUAUGGCAUCGGAAUAUCAAAAGGGAACUGAUACGAUGGAUGUGUGGUUUGACUCAGGCUCUUCUUGGGCUGCUGUACUGGCAAAAAGAGACGGGCUUAGCUGCCCUGCAGAUUUAUAUCUUGAAGGUACAGAUCAGCAUCGUGGAUGGUUUCAAAGUUCUUUGUUAACAAGUAUUGCAACAAGAGGAAAGGCUCCAUAUUCAUGUGUUAUAACACAUGGAUUUGUACUUGAUGAGAAAGGUUUAAAGAUGAGCAAAUCUUUGGGUAAUGUUGUAGAUCCUAAUAUUGUGAUUGAAGGAGGGAAAAACUCCAAGGAAGCAACUGGUUAUGGAGCAGAUGUCCUACGACUUUGGGUAUCAAGUGUAGAUUAUACUGGUGAUGUAAUGAUUGGGCCUCAAAUCCUACGGCAAAUGUCUGACAUAUAUAGGAAACUUCGAGGGACAUUGCGAUAUCUCUUGUCAAAUCUGCAUGACUGGGAUCCGGAGAAUGCAGUUUCAUAUAGCAAUCUUCCAAUGAUUGACCAGCAUGCACUGUUCCAGCUUGGAAAUGUUGUAAAAAGUAUCAAAGAUAGUUAUGAAAAUUAUCAGUUUUACAAGAUAUUUCAGAUCCUACAGCGUUUUGCUAUUGUAGACCUGUCAAAUUUCUAUUUUGAUGUUGCUAAAGAUCGACUUUACGUUGGGGGCACUGCGAGCUUUACAAGGAGAAGUUGUCAAACAGUUCUUGCAGCACAUCUUCUCUCUAUUGUGAGGGUAAUUGCUCCAAUAUUGCCACAUUUGGCUGAGGAUGUAUGGCAGAGCCUUCCUUUUGAGCACACUACAGAAGAUGGCUUUGUUGCCAAAUUUGUUUUCGAGUCAAGAUGGCCAGAAUUGGAUGAGAGAUGGUUCUCCAUGGCUACAGAAGAUGUGGACUUUUGGGCAAAAAUUUUGGAGCUGAGAACUGAGGUGAAUAAAGUUCUAGAAAUUGCUCGUAGUGGGAAGUUAAUAGGUUCGAGCUUAGAUGCAAAAAUAUAUCUGCAUUCUGCCGAUGCUGACAUGGCAUCAAGAUUACAUGGAAUGUGUAUUGCCAGAAAUGACGCAGACAUGUUGCAUCGUAUAUUUAUAACAUCACAGGUUGAGAUUCUUUCUUCAUUGGAGAGUGAAUUGAUGGAAAAUAUUCCAUACAAAGGAGAUUAUCUUAUUGGAGGGAAGAGCAGAAUUUGGAUUGGUGUUUCACGUGCUGAGGGUUCAAAAUGUGAAAGAUGCUGGAAUUACUCACCCCAAGUUGGUUCCUUUUCUGAGCAUCCAACCCUCUGUAGUAGAUGUUAUAAUGUUAUUGGUGCUCAACUACUUCCUGCUGUGGCAGCAGUUAGCUGAAGAUAAGCCUGUAGAAAACUUAAAGAAGCUUAAAUCAGUUAUAACUCAGCCAGCUGUUGUCUGCUACCAAGGCCAGGAUGUUCCUUAAAGCUGUCCCGCCCAGAUUAUCUUUAUGGUUCUCUUCAUAAUUGGACAACUCCAAAAUCAUGUUUUCAAUUCCUUAAAUAAAGGCAUCAAGCUCAAACACGUUUCAAGUCAUGGAGAUGCUGAAUUCGGCAUAAGCAAAUAAUGUAUUUGUGUAAAUUAUCACGAGAAAGCUUGGAAUCACUAAUAGGGCACUAAUAUUUGUCAUUUUUUUAUAACUAGCAGUUGUGUAUUAUAUAUUAUCUCAGAUUAUCCAAAUCCAGUGGUAUUUAUAUUGCGCUGUUCAGUACAGAAGAAUCAAAAUGCUGUCCAAUGAUAUUUGUUGUCAGUGUUUAAAAGACAGUUUUAGUAAUAGUGCCUAGGCUCACUGACAGUGCUCAUUUUUAUGGGUGCACCUAAUCUAAAUGCAGGUUUACCCUUAUCUGCCUUUCCUCCCGGUUGGUCACCUUUCUUAUUGUCAUGUUUCGAUGAGACGUUGUAUUUAAUUUUGAAUACUUGAUUUACUUUA